AUGGACCUUGACGAGCAGACGACCCGCUCUGAGACAGUGACGCGGGAGAGAUGGAAGGUCAAGGAAGUCCCGGAGGAGACAGUGACGGAAGCGGCACAGCACACGCUGCUCAGGCGGCCCCUACCCAAGGGGGCGGAAGUAGCUGCAGAGACCCUCCAGAAAUGGAUGGUGGCAUUCUGCAACCAAGUCUACGGCCGCCGCAGGGGAGGAGGUAGGACGGCCUGUCGGAAACCGAUGUACUGGUGGACGGAGGAGAUCUCCCAAGCCAGAACAGAGGUCAAGGCGGCCCGCAGGAAGCUCCAAAGAACGAGGGCAGAUCAAGCGGAGCAGCUGGAGAGGGCCAGAGUCGAGGCCAGGGCGGCCAAAAACCGUCUUAAAAAGAUGAUUCGGGUCAGCAAACUACGCUCAUGGGAGAAGCUGACGGAGGGGGUGGAAAACGACCCGUGGGGCUUGCCAUACAGGAUCGUAUGCAGGAAGUUCGUGAGAACACCCCCGCCUGCCCUGGGAAAGGCCAAGGAAGCGAUGGAGCUGCUGUUUCCAAGCAGACACCCAGAAGAACCCCCUGUGACACAGACCGCCCCGGCGGAGGACUGGUGUGUCCAGGAGGUGACAGAGGAGGAGGUAACCCGCGCAGGGCUGGCACUCCAGAACAAGAAGGCCCCCGGCCCGGACGGCAUUCCCAACGAGGCGAUAAAGAUGGCAGCAAUCCUGGCCCCAGAUAGGCUGGCAGAAGUGGCCACAAGUUGCCUUCGAGAGGGAGUAUUCCCGAAACGCUGGAAACCAGCCAUCCUCAUUCUCUUGAGGAAACCAGGAAAGAGCGGGGACAGGCCAGGAGACUACAGGCCGAUAUGCCUGCUGAACGGGCUAGGAAAGCUCCUAGAAAAGGUACUCCUACACCGGUGCGAGGGCCACUUUGAGGGAUACCUUUCCGACACCCAAUACGGGUUUAGGAAGGGUAGGUCAGCAAUAGAGGCCAUGAUGAGCAUCACAAGGCAAGCCAAGGCAGCGAUGGAAGGAACAAGGUACACGCGCAGGCUGGUGUCGCUGGUAACAGUCGACAUUGCCAAGGCAGCGAUGGAAGGAACAAGUCGAACCGGCGAACCACCUGGUGGUGUGGUGUACCUGGGGGUAACACUGGACAGGUCCCUCACAUUUCGGGACCACCUCAAGGCCAGAGCCAAGAAGGCGGGAGCGGUGGAGAAGGCGCUUGCACGGCUCAUGCCGAAUGUGAGUGGCCCCAAGCAGGCAAAGAGGAGGCUACUCAUGCAUGCAGUGACGUCCGUCAUGCUGUAUGGGGCGCCGGCCUGGGUAGAAGGUAGGGGCACGGACAUCUGCAGAAGGAUCCUGGAGCCGACGUACGGGAGGUGCGCACUCAGGAUCAUCCAGGCGUACCGGACAGUAUCUGGCGAGGCGGCAACGCUGUUGGCGGGGAUGCCCCCAAUAGACCUGCUUGCCGGAGAAAUGGCGUACAUGAACCAGUUCACAAAACGUCAGAAGAUCGCCCGGAGAGGUGCGGCUAGGGAGGAAACCAUCCGGAAGUGGCAAGAACGCUGGAAACGAGGCGCAAAAGGCGCAGGAACCAGAAGGCUCAUCCUGCCAGUCAGCGACUGGGUGCACCGUAAGCACGGGCUGCUGAGCUUCGGCAUAACCCAGGUGCUGUCGGGCCACGGGACCUUCAACGAGUACCUGUCGAGGUUCAAAGAAGAGCGUGAACCAGAGUGCAUGUACUGCGGGGAGCAGGACACGCCGGAACACCCAAUUCUACAAUGCGACAGAUGGAGCCAGGAACGGCAAGGGGGGCUGGAAGUACCCGAAGGGAAAACGCUGGAAGACCUGGUGGAGGACAUGCUGGGCUCCCAAGAGAUCUGGAACGGGAUCGUGGGGGUGGCCAACCGCAUCCUCAAGGAAAAAUCGCGGGAGGAGCGCGAAUUUGAAUCCAGCAAUGGCUGA